GACAGAAGCAAACCUUUGUGCUUCCUCCCUCAAAAGAAGAAUGGCAGUUCUGUAUUGUAUUUGUGACUGAUGUAUUUGGAUAAAAGUUAAGACAAAGUUGGAACUGUGGGCAAGAUAUACAAGAAAGUGCCCUUGUGAUAUUUUCUGUGGAAGUUUCCUCACUACAACUCAGCUUUCAAAAGAAUGACAUCAGAAAAACACUUUAUUUCUAAGUGCUGAUUCUCUAAAUGUGUCUAUUAUCACCUUCCUCUUACAGGACAGGAAUCUCAAGUAUUUCUGAGUAAAACUACAAAGCUUUCGGAAGUUUGGUUUUCUUAAACCAUAGCAGAGAAGUGAAACGGACUUGAAAAGAACCCUUGAAGUAUUUGCCCCCUUGGAAGGAAAGACUGUCUUGAGUAAAGGAAUUUUCAGACUUAUUUGUUUGAAAAAGAGUCAGUAAACCUGCAUUAAUCCAACCCACGCUUUUGGUGCUUGAACAGUGCCAGCAGGCACUUCUUCUGUUACUGCAAGUUGAAACUUGAAUGCCUACAGUACCAGCAGUGGUGAUGCUGAAGUGUGACACAGCAAAAAUCUGUAGGCAGCCACUGGUCGAGACAGAUCUAAUGAGUCAACAAAAGCCCUGCCUACGCCUGAGAUGAACACAGUCAGCUUUCAGGCAGGAAUCAAACAUGAAUUUUAUUUUUCAUUUUUUUACUAAGUGGGAUGUAAGAACUGAAAAUUAGCAAAAAUAAUGAUCUCCCAUUUUAACCUUGCAAAGAUCAUAAUUAAAAUAUAUGUUACGUUAUUAAAAUAUGCAAAAUUUAUAAUUUAAUUAUACAAUUACACAAGCCUUAUAGUCUAAUAGCCCCACUGUAUGUUUGCUUAUUUGUGAACAAUUGCUUUCUUAAAGCUCACAGUAGAAUCAUUUACUUGAUGCUGGAGAAUAAGUUAAUUACGGAUAUCCUGCCUUUGAUUAAUGGAUUUAAUAAUCAUGUUACAGUAGAAUUAACUUAUUCUUCAUGUGCUUACAGCACUAAUGAUGAGAUUCAUGAAAGCAACGUGUCAGCAAAUAGGAUCAGCACCAAAGAACAUGCUUGGAGAUCCCAGGAUUGCCUGUAUUGCUGCAAGUCAGCAUUUCUGCUGGGAACCCACAAAUAGCAUCCAACUAUUUUUGGCUAAUCUGUCAUCAUUACUUUCCACCACUUGCCACUCAUUUCUAUGAAAACAAAUUCUGUUUUCAAAAGAGCUGAACGCCGUAACUGAAGCUCAAUGUUGAAAACUAUAGGAGAAAAAUUAUGCUAUGAGAUUGGUGUAUAGUAUAUAUGGGAUAAUACGCAUACUCAGUGGCAUAGCUAUCUCUUAUCUGCUGCUACCCAGCAUGACAGUCAUCUUCUUCAAUGCUUCUUUUAUGUGCGUGUGCAAUAACGUAUAAGGUUUCCCAGUUAGAAACAUGUUGAGUCAGCUAAGAAACAUCAAACAUGGGUUCUUAAUACAUUCCAAGAGAUGGAGCACUGAAGUUUUCAAACUCAACUUCAACUGUUUAACAAGAGGUACCACUGCAGGAUUGAGGGAAUAGAAGGGAAUUUCAUUACUUGGUAUUUUGCCAUUAUUCCUUGCACGGUUCCUGUGUGUGUCUGUGUAGAAAACAGAUCUGACAGUCUGGUAGGAACCAACUUCAGAAACCCUUAGUUACGAAAAAUUCCUGCUGAUACAAAUAAAUACAAGAUGAAGAUCUGAACCACAUUUUGCUUGAAAAAGCAGUACUUCAGGAAUCACUAGCAACAGGAUUUCAAAUUGCAUCAGCCAUGUACCUCACCUAUUACUAUGCAAAGUAGAAUAAAGCAAUACAACUCAGCAGCUUAGCAUAACACUGGCCCCAAGAAGAAAGCAGGAAAUGAAUAGGAAUACAAUUUCCUUAACAAUUCACUUACAGCAAAAUGGAGACUAGACUGCAGUGCUGGUCUUGCUGUUUCACCAGCAAUGUUGAUCUACUGCUGAUUGUGUUUUGUUUUGGAGCCAGGGAGAAAUUCAGAAUUACGAUAAUUCAGGACUUAAUUCUCAAUGCUUUUUUCCACCAAAGCAAGUUUCAGGGCUGAAAGACAAAUUGAAAUAAUAGGUAUCUUCUUACUGAACUAGAUGUGACAGUGCCUCGGAUGUGCCACUCAAACCCAGCUGCGCAUCCACCUCUUUUUCCUUGCUUCUCCCUUUCUCCCAUUUGUUCAGACUCUGUCACAUAUCCAUCCUAGGUAGUAGGGAGUUACAGCACUGUUUUCAAUUCAUCACAGCUGGCAUUGCUUAUGGAAGACAUUUUAGUAGGUGUCAGUGUGUACCUCAUGUAUUAUGUUGUACCACACUAUUUCACCCCCUCCCUUCACAGCUUCUCCCAGGUGAAUUCAGGAAUCAGUGGCCAAAAUAACUUUCAGCUGCAGAUCAUUACUAAGUGGCAGCUGCUCAAGUAAGGCCUCAGGUAUGCCCAGUUCUUAUUUUGUAGGUGGAUCCACCAAGAACUCAGAUUACAUUACUGCAUAAUGCACAAAAUAUUUUCAAGGAUAUUUAUGAUGGGUUUCUUAAAUGCUGGGGCACAGAAAGUACUUCUUGGUACACUGAUGUUCUACAGCCCUCACAUCACAUUUCAUGUGUCAUCUGAAAUCUGGGGAGAAAACUCUCCAAUGUGGUGUUAGCAGCAUUCCUUUAUUCCUAAUUAUACAUAUGGGAUGACUUGACAAAUCAAGUGCACUAGUUUUACAUUUAAAAAGUUCAGAUAUAUAUAUGUGAUACAUUGGCAUGUAUAUUCAUUCUUUUCCAAGAACUCAUUAAUAUAAGCUAAUGUUCCUCUGGGUAUGUGUGGUAGUGGCCUCUGGUGGUCAUAGCCCGCUUACUUUCUCCUCAUUUGUCCAUCAUCAGCUUCAUCACUGUGACUGUUGGCUGACUUUUAGCUGCUUUUCCCCGUUUUGGCAAAUUCCUAUUGUGUGUUAUGCCUGAAUGAGCAACUUUCUAUCUUAGUGCACUAUAACCCAAAAUAAUAUAUGUAAAAUGCAAGAAAAAAGUCCUUGCACCUGGUGGAUGCAAAGAUAAAAGUAGUCUGUUGUGACUCUAGAGCUUCGGUGAAGCAGGAUCAUUGCGAAAAACAAGGCUUCACUUUGUAUGUAUUGUUUCAUCUCCACAAACAUUUUUUACUUUGAGUCUUGGCAAAUCCUUAUCCUUUAGUUACUCCUUCCCUACAGACGCAGAAACAAUAAAAUAGGCAGUGAUGAGUAGACUCUAUAAUGCAAAUCUAGAUGUCCAAUAAGAAUUUGACAAGGAAGUGUGAAAUAAAACACAUUAAACAGAGUAAGAAAGUGGGACAAGAAAUCAAUUUCCCAUUAAGCUCACUGGUUAUUUUUUUUUUGCUGCUUCUCAAUGUUAAAAGCAUCAAUUACACACAUACCAUACUCCUUUGUAGUCUUAUUCUGUGUUCAGAAUCAGCAUACAGUGCAGAAAAUGAAUUAGGCCAGGCAUCACUCAGCAUUGACAAGGGCCCUGCAGGUCACUCCAGGCUGGCUCGAAUAUUUCCCAUAUAAUACUGGGAAAUUGCAUUAUAUGCAGUCUGGGAGAAGGAAGUGAUCUUAAACCAUUUGAGGCACGAGUGAUGUAGAAGGUAUGAAGCUGAACCUGGGAAAAGCCAUGGAUAUGUUUUGGAUGGAAAGUAAACACACUUCCCUACAGGAGUUGCCUUUAUGGAUGCAGCUAAAAGGUGUAAGCCUUAUACAACAAAAUGCUUCACUCAUGGGGCUUAAGUCACAGCACCAUGGACAUAAAAGGAGAAGAAAAAGCUACCUGUAUAUAACAUUUCGGACAAGUAGGUACAAGUGUGAUUUCUCUCUCAUUUACUCUUUCUUAACAUCUUAUGCAUAUGUCUUGAAAAUGUUGUCUUGAACUAACAAACACACAAAGACGUUUGCAGGCAGUGGUAGUGAGCCAUGUUUGCAGAUUCUCUAAGUCCAGCAUGCUUCACCUCUACUUCCAACAGAUAGUAAGAUGCAUCCCACUGAGCUGCAUAUAGUUUGAACAGUGGUAACUGAAGUUUCUUGGGACCGUGAGGAAGGGGGACUUUCUGAUAUGAGGCAGGAUGCUAAGGAGCAUGCCUAAAUCACCAGGUCUAUGCAGAAAAGCACAACACUUGGUUAGAAACAACUGCACAUCCAUCUCCCUACACUGGCAGAAAUUUAGGCACAAAUGAAAAGGAGAAGAAAUCACCAUAACUUCUUUCAUCAUCCUUCAUGAAUCAGUAGUGUAAACACAUCUUAAGAAACAGAGGCAGAAAAGUGCUCUGAAAAAACAAGUGACGUAUCUAACUUCAGCAAAGCCUUUUUCUGGUACGACUGAAGAUGCAGCAGCUUGCUUACGUUGGCACAUGUCCUGCAUCACUCGGACUUUGUUUCAAGAUCCAAACAUGUGGACUGCAUUAUUUUGGAUUGCAAACCACAGACACCCAUAAAUACUGAAAAAAAGAUAAAUGGACAGAGAACAAUGGGUUCUUUACUGGGUCUAAGCACCCAUACUCUCAAAUCCAAGACUUCAAAGUCAGUUUCAGAUGUCCUGGCUUGUUACUUGCUUGUAAAGAGCCUGACCUUUUCUGCUUGUUCGUUACAUUCUCAAGAUGAAGCCCCCGGUGGUUACAGCAGUGCUGGUAGUACUGGUGCAGGUUUCUCAGAGUUUCCCUGCCUUGUACCACCGAGGCUGGUGGAGGCUCUUAAAGGAAGGAGAUAGCUGUGGAAAAUGUGAUUUGGCACUUUGCUCUGAGCCAAAAGACUGUCUGGCUGGGACUGUAGUGGACCACUGUGGCUGCUGUUCUGAAUGUGGGAAUGUGGAAGGUCAGAUCUGUGACUUGGACCAGGGCAAUCAUUUUUAUGGGCAGUGUGGGGAUAACCUCGAGUGCAGGUUGGAUGCCGAUGAAGCCAGGUUUGGGGAAGUCCCUGAACCCCAGUGUGUGUGCAAGUCUCAAGAAAGCAUCUGCGGAUCUGAUGGGAAAACCUAUGAGAACAUCUGUCAAUUCAACAAGGCUUAUGCAACUAAAAGAAAUAUCAGCAUGAAACAUAAAGGACCAUGUGAAUCAGCUCCUGUGAUUUCUAUGCCACCCCAAGAUGUCCAGAAUUUCACAGGCAACGAUGUCAUUUUUGGCUGUGAGGUGUCAGCCUACCCUAUGCCACACCUUGAAUGGAAAAAAAAGGGGAAUAAAAUGUUUUUACCAGGAGAUGACGCCCACAUCUCAGUUCAGGCCAGAGGUGGACCUCAGAAGUACGGUGUGACUGGCUGGCUGCAGAUUCAAGGCCUCAAAAAAUCAGAUGAAGGCACCUACAUCUGCCAUACCAAAAACAAGUAUGGUGCAACAUACGCCUCUGCGAGAUUGAAAGUCAUUGAAGGUUCACCUUCUGCUUUUGCCUUAACUGCUGGCAGUAGAAGUGCAAGCUAUGACACUGACUAUGAGGACUACUAUGGCCAUUCUGACGAUGAGGAUGAGGAAGAAUAUGAAUCUGGGGACUAUGAAAACUGAAACAGCCCUGAAUAACUAUUUCUGUAUGUGUGUUGUCAGACACCUUUCACACUGUUAUAUUUACUUGUACUCCCUAUGCUGUAAAUAGCUUCUCUGAUAACACUACACUCAUGUGUGCAUCCCACCUCCCUGAAAUCCAGCUUUGGCUGAAGUGUAUCAUGAUACUUACCUGAAAUAAGAACAGUUUUAAGUUCACGCAUUUAGACUGUUCAAUAAAAUCCUUAAGCACGUACCCAGUAAGUGCCCUGAAAGGAUCCAAUUUAAUAUUAAUUUUUUUAAAUGUAUAUUUUUCUA